CUUUGGGCUGUGCUUUGGACACACGGUUGCUCGUAUAAUUUCAGAAAUGGUCGCCAGGCGGCUCUGAGCUCACGGAAAACGCCGGAGAAGCGGGUGAGCCCCUGACAGAGGAGUAAAUCUGCAGAUCAACACCAAUCCUACUGUUUCCUUCUCCUCCUCCAGCAGCAGCAGUGGUCAGCUUUCACCAGCCGCCCGGCGCGCUCUGCGCUCCCGACUACCGGAUCAUAACCAUCCGUGCGCUUGAAAAGAAAACUGCCUUCGUGUUGGACUUUACGAUCUCAUUGUGCUGCUGCAUUGAGCUCCUGGAUUUCUGCUGCACCUCUUCAUUCUGUGGAUCUGUUCGAUAGAUAGAUAGAUAGAUAGAUAGAUAGAUAGAUAGAUAGAUAGUGUGAGACAGAAUGUUUUAAGGCUGAAGGAGUGAUGUGAUGGUUGGAUUCCUCCUACAGUUCACUGGCUACAAUGGACCAAAUCAUACACUGAAACUUCACUGCUCAAGACACGAUGGUCCUUGUUUUUUUUCUGACAGUAACAACUCUACAACCAAACACAACCAUUUCAACAGACGAAAAUAACAAUGAGGACCUGGUGCAGUCCAGCGCACCCAUCCUGCCCAUACUGCUGAGUCUAUCCGUCUUGCUGCUUUUUCUGGGGUUGCUGACCUGGUAUUUCCUCAGGUUGAAAAACCAGAGGAAAGCUGUCAUCACAGCCGUCGACAAGAAAGUACCAAAUGGCAUCCUGGAAGAGCAAGAGGAAUAUAUAGAUGUGGAUAAAGAUGAGGAUGAGGAUGAUCUUGGCUGGCCGUCAGAAGAACAACAGACGGUGGUCUUACUGCCCAGAUCCCCUUCCACAUGCAAAACAUAUCUCCCCAUUCCUGUAGACAACUUGGAAGAAGAGUAUCGGAUACGCUCGGCCGAUGAUGGGAAACUCUUCCGGGAAGAGUACAAUUCAUUACCAGGGGGUUCGACUCAAGGAACAUGUGAAGAGGCCAAUAAAGAAGAAAACAAGGAGAAGAAUAGAUAUCCAAACAUCUUACCAUAUGACCAUUCCAGAGUGAUUUUAAAACAGAUGGAUGGAGUCCCAUGUUCAGAUUAUAUCAAUGCAUCAUAUAUCGAUGGUUAUACAGAUAAGAAUAAGUUCAUUGCAGCACAAGGUCCGAAACAAGACACGGCUGCAGACUUCUGGAGAAUGAUAUGGGAACAGAAAUCAGCUACUAUUGUAAUGCUAACUAAUCUGAAAGAGAGAAAAGAGGAUAAGUGUUAUCAGUAUUGGCCUGAUCAGGGAUGCUGGACGUACGGUAACAUUCGUGUUGCUGUGGAAGACUUUACAGUUCUGGUGGACUACACCAUACGCAAAUUCUGUGUGCAAUAUCAGGCCAGCGACGGCACCAAAACACCCCGCCUGGUCACGCAGCUUCACUUCACCAGCUGGCCUGACUUCGGCGUUCCCUUCUCGCCCAUCGGCAUGCUGAAGUUCCUGAAGAAGGUGAAGCAGGUGAACCCGUCGUUCUCUGGGCCCAUCGUGGUGCACUGCAGUGCCGGCGUGGGCAGGACAGGAACGUUCAUCGUCAUCGAUGGCAUGAUUGACAUGAUGUACGCAGAAAAGAAGGUGGACGUCUUUGGCUUCGUGUCACGAAUACGUGAGCAGAGAUCGCAGCUCAUUCAGACGGAUUUGCAGUACUCCUUCGUCUAUCAGGCUCUGCUGGAGUACUUCCUGUACGGAGACACAGAGUUGGACGUUUCUUCUCUGGAGGGUCACCUGGAUAAACUUCACAACACCAGCGCGCCGCUGGACCGUGUGGGCCUGGAGGAAGAGUUUAAGAAACUGACAAACAUGCGUAUAAUGAAAGAAAACAUGAGGAUGGGUAACCUGCCUGCCAACAUGAAGAAGAACAGAGUCCUUCAGAUUAUUCCAUAUGAUUUUAACCGAGUCAUCCUUUCGAUGAAGAGAGGGCAGGAGUUCACCGAUUAUAUCAACGCAUCUUUCAUUGAUGGGUACCGGCAGAAGGACUAUUUCAUCGCCACACAGGGUCCUCUGGCACACACGGUGGAUGAUUUCUGGAGGAUGGUUUGGGAAUGGAAGUGUCACUCGAUCGUGAUGCUGACAGAACUGCAGGAGAGAGAUCAGGACAAGUGUUUUCAGUACUGGCCUACUGAGGACUCGGUGACUUACGGAGACUUCACGGUGGAGAUGAAAGGAGACACGCUGUGUGACACGUUCAGUCUCAGAGAUCUGCUGCUCACAUUCGGCUCGGAGAAGCAGACACGUUUGGUUCGGCACUUUCAUUUCCACGGCUGGCCAGAGAUCGGGAUCCCAGCCGAGGGUAAAGGGAUGAUCGACAUCAUCGCAGCGGUGCAGAAACAGCAGCAGCAGUCGGGGAACCACCCCAUCGUCGUGCACUGCAGUGCCGGAGCGGGUCGGACCGGUACGUUUAUCGCUCUCAGUAAUAUUCUGGAGCGAGUGAAAGCCGAGGGUUUGCUGGAUGUGUUUCAGACUGUGAAGAGUUUACGAAUGCAGCGGCCACACAUGGUGCAGACAGUGGAACAGUAUGAUUUCUGCUACAGAGUGGUACAGGACUUCGUCGACAUUUUCUCAGACUAUGCCAAUUUCAAAUGAUCUAAUCUGCCUUAAAUGUUUGAGUUUGAUGCUUUUUUACACGUCAGUCGGUCAGGAUUUUACACCGCGACUGGAAGAUAAUUGCGCUCUAUUUUGCUAUGCACUUCUCCCUAUGUUACUAAAAGACCACAUCUAUCUGUAAUAUACUAAGGCUACUAAAGUUUUCAAAACUGUAAAUUGUUUUGUCUUCUUUAUAACAUAUUUAAAUGGGUUAUUUUAUUUUGGUCUUUCUCACGCCGGAUCAUUCCAGUUGGACUUCUGUUGUUAUUGUAAAAUAGUGUUUUGACUGUUUAUUUGUUCAGCUAAUUAUUUUUAUUUUUUAUUAAGCGACGCGUGUAGAAUUUGUAAAGCUGUAGGUGGUUUGUAUUUAUGCACUGUCGCAGACAGGACAUCCUGCCAGAUAAAACAUGUAUGUGAAUGUUCCAUGCCAUUUUAUUUAUUUAGAGUUAUUGUCUUACAAUUUAUGAAAGAUAUCGUGUCAAAAAGUUAUUUUGUUCCUGUCUUUAACAUUGUACGCAUCAGCCAUUGCAAAUGUGAACAUUUUCGACUUUUUUUUUUUUUUUGGUUUCAAAGCAGCAAAUAUACAUAAAGCGAGUGAGAUUAUUUAGGUUUGACAGGAUACGGCUGAAGUAUUGUUCGUAAGAAAGGCAUAAACAAAUACAUUAACAUGGUGUAACAUCAGCAAGAAUUAUUAGACGUGAUCUUGUACAGAAACAGCAACUGUAUGAGACUGAUGACCUUUGACCUUAAACGUCCUGCCUCUGUUUCCCUGAGAAUGAUGCUGAGAAAAAACGGCACAGGUUUUUAAAGCACACACACACACCACUGAUUGUUGCCUUGCAGAAGGCCAAGGAUUUACAAAUAAAUGAACAAAUGCAUUAUGAAAUCAAA